AUGGCUGACGGAAAGAAACGGGGCGAGUGGGAAGUAAGCAACUACACCCAAAUUAAUCUCGAUCUUCGUAUGGAUUCGCCUUCUUUUCGAAGAGCGAUGCGAGAGAUGCAGGCAAAGAUUGACCAAGAUGGACGAGGACGGAUGAAGCAGAUCGACGCUCUGAAAGAGGAAUGUGCCAUCAACGACAUACUCAUGGUACACUGGAACGAUUUAGUCAAAACGAGGCGGCAGAUCCAUAACCAGGCUCAAACUACAUUACAGGCCGUCGUCAACUUGGCGUCGCGCAAAGCCAGCGAGAAUGGUCGACUGCCGCGGCCUGAAGGAGCACUUGACGAGAGCCAGUGUCUGUCCAUCAGGUCAAGCGCAAUUCUGGGAACCUUGAGAUCUAUGGAAGAGAAAACAGACAAAUACCAGCUUGAACGUUCUCUUCGUGCUUGUGAUCCAUGUAUUCAGGAGUCGGGAAAUGAACUAUGCCUGAAGAUGAACCGCCUAGAAGAGGAACAUCGUAUGAAGACGACAAUGGAAAACUACUACAUACCACUUGACAGCCCACAUGCGAGCGAGGCGAAGCCGGGCAAGACAGACAAACCAGAGCUACUGAACCCGAACCGCGACCCCAAUCAAACAACCGCCGCACCAGACACCUGCAACGGCAUCGAGGCGCUCUUCCCAAAACACAAAGGUCAAGAUUCACCCUCCGCAGCCGCCAUGGAGUUUGCCAAUAUCCUACCCUCCGGCCCCCACGCCAGUCGUGACUAUAUUUCCUUACACCCGGAAAUCCUUGACGGGUUCGAGUCCACCGGUCUCUUUAUAGUGGCUGUCGAGACAGCUCUCGGCGGGACUGACGACGAGAAAGCAUGGCGACUCGUACACCAGGCAGAAGUGCUGGAUUGGUGUCGUGCGCUUGGACCUGACGAUUUCACCGAGUGUUUCGACAAAGAAAUUGUGCUGGACUGUGACAUAUACAUGAACUUCCUAAUGGCCGCCAAGGAGAGAGAGGUAUUCGCGGAUUCUGGAGCUACGUGA